AUGUUACCCACACCAUAUGUAAAGUGCGAUUAUGAGAAAGUUUAUGAGCCGGCAGAGGAUAGUUUUCUUCUCCUAGAUUCCUUGGAGAAAGAUUUACAAUUUUUGCAGACGAGAUUCGAUGGCAAUCUGGCAAUAGUAUGUGAGCUGGGACCCGGCUCUGGGAUUGUAACGACAUUCAUGAUGCAGAAUAAUAUACCGAGUCACAAUGGGGCACUGUAUCUGGCUCUGGAUAUCAACCCAUGGGCGCUUGAAGGUACUUUACAGACGGCAACACUAAAUAACUGUAUAAAAGAAAAUGGCCAUUCAGGGUAUUUGGAACCGGUACAGAGCGAUUUAACAACGGGUUUGAGAGACAAACAGGUUGAUUUGUUAGUGUUCAAUCCACCGUACGUUCCAGCAGAGGAGGUUCCAGAGAUCCCAGAUACAAAGGAGAAUAUCGACCAGUGGCUAGACCUAGCUCUGCUGGGAGGCGUUGAUGGGAUGGAGAUUACUGGGAAGGUUCUGGACUCCUUGGAAACGGUACUCUCGCCGAAAGGCGUUGCAUACAUUUUGUUCUGUGCCCGAAACAAACCAGAGCAACUUGUCCAAAAAAUAAUGCAAGAAGAUCCUAGCUGGGAUAUAGAACUGAUAGAGCAUAGAAAGGCAGGAUGGGAGGUCUUGUCCGUUUAUAGAUUCAUGCAUAAGUAA